AUGCCCGUCCCAAACCAGCGCCCAGAAGGGUCAGGGUCGGGGUCACGGACCCAAGUCCGCACCACCCAAGCGCCCACCGCCUCUUCAGGCUCCAUGACCCAGACGGACAACAGCGCAGCAGCAGACGAGCCGCCCACAACAGAACCGGCGGCGCCUGCGAUCCUGCGCCUGCGCGGCGCCCACCCGCCGAGCGACAACCGCGUGCAGUGGGCCGAGAGCGUGGUCGACAACGAGGGACUGGGGCGGAAGAGCUCGAAAGUCUGCUGUAUCUACCACGCUCCCCGCGCCGUCGGCGAGUCCUCCGACGAAUCGUCCUCCGACUCGUCCUCAUCAUCGUCGUCAGAUUCAGAUUCGGAUUCAGGAAAGGACAACACGCAGGAUCCGCGGGAGAGGGCGCUGGCGCAGCGGCGGGCGAGGGAUCGCGAGCGCGAGCGUAGCCAUGAUCAUGAUCACGAGCACGAGCACGAUGCGGACUGCGAACACGAUCACGGAGAGGCAGAGGGAGAGGGAGAGGGAGGAGCAGGCAGUAGUAGGGCGAACAACAGCAAGCGGAAAGCAGCGCGCCGGCCCAGUCCCAACGCGUACGAGAAGCAGCCAAAGCCGAAGCCGGGAGGAGGAAGCGGCAGGCCGACGGCAUGA